AACUUUUUAAAAUAAAAAAUAUGAAAGAAUAAAAUAAGCAUGUUGCUUUCUUUUUGAAACAGGAUGUCUAGAGCUGUUCAUCUUCCAAUCCCCUGUCCCGUUCAGCUUGGUUCCUUAAGAGAUGACUCUUUGGAAGCUCAGCUUCAUGAGUAUGUCAAACAAGGAAACUAUGUGAAAGUGAAGAAGAUUCUUAAGAAAGGAGUUUAUGUUGACACAAUUAACUCCCUGGGCCAGACAGCACUUUUCACUGCAGCAUUAUUAGGCCUUACAAAAUUAGUUGAUAUUCUGGUGGAUUAUGGAUCAGAUCCAAAUCACCGCUGCUUUGAUGGAAGCACCCCUGUCCAUGCAGCUGCGUUUUCAGGCAACCAGUGGAUCCUCAGCAAGCUGUUGGAAGCAGGGGGCGACCUUCGACUACACGAUGAGAAGGGUCAAAACCCACAGACCUGGGCUCUUACAGCAGGGAAGGAGCGCAGCGCUGUGAUGGUGGAGUUCAUGCAGCGCUGUGCCUCGCACAUGCAGGCCAUCAUCCAGGGCUUCUCCUGUGACCUCCUGAAAAAGAUCGACUCCCCUCAGAGGCUCAUCUGCAGCAUUCCCUGGUUUGGGGGUCUUAUGCAGGGAAGCCCUAAUGGUUCUCCUAACCGACUGCUUAAAACUGGAGUCAUUUCUGCCCAAAAUAUCUACAGCUUUGGCUUUGGGAAGUUUUAUCUCCCAGGGGGAUCGCAAGUGGCCUACUUAGGAUCUUUUCCAAUAAUUGGAGAAAAGGAAGUGAUUCAAGCUGAUGAUGAGCCUACCUUCUCUUUCUGCAGUGGCCCCUACAUGAUCAUGACCAACCUGGUGUGGAAUGGGAGCAGGGUCACGGUGAAGGAGCUGAAUCUCCCCACCCAUCCACACUGCAGCAAGCUGAGGCUAGCUGACUUGCUAAUUGCUGAGCAGGAGCACAGCAGCAAGCUGCGGCACCCCCACCUGCUGCAGCUGAUGGCUGUGUGCCUGUCCCAGGACCUGGGGAAGACCCGCCUGGUGUAUGAGCGCAUCACCGUUGGCACACUGUUCAGUGUCCUCCACGAACAACGGUCCCAGUUCCCCCUGCUGCAUAUGGAGAUGAUUGUACACCUGCUACUCCAGAUCUCCGAUGCCCUGAGAUACCUGCACUCCCGGGGGUUUAUCCACCGCUCCCUCAGCUCCUAUGCCAUCCACAUGGUCUCCAUAGGGGAAGCGAGGCUGGCCAAUCUGGAGUACAUGCUGGAAAGCCAGGACAGAGAUGCACCCAGGGACCUGACUGGGGUGCCCCUCCCGGCCCAGCUGUACAACUGGGCCGCCCCAGAGGUGAUUUUACAGAGGGCAGCCACAGUGAAAUCGGACAUCUACAGCUUCUCAAUGAUCAUACAGGAGAUUUUGACAGACAGCAUACCCUGGGAUGGCUUAGAUGGCUCAGUAAUUAAAGAAGCCAUAGUCUUGGGAAAUUAUUUAGAAGCUGAUUUCAGGCUUCCAAAACCUUACUAUGAUAUUGUUAAGUCAGGCAUCCAAGCCAAACAGAAAGACCGAACUAUGAACCUUCAAGAUAUUCGGUAUAUCCUGAAGAAUGACCUAAAGGAUUUGAUUGGAGCCCAGAGAAGUCAACCAACCGAGAGCCCUGUGGUGCAGAGAUAUGAACCCCAUCCUGAGGUCAAUGUCUAUCUAGGACUGACUUCAGAACAUCCAAAAGAGACCCCUGACUUGGAAAUGAAAGAGCUAAAGGAAGCAGGCAGUCAGCUCCAUUCACCAGGAGGUCACUGUUCUCCCAGUGAGAAAGCAACACCAGAUCCUCAGGUCCCAGAUCCCAGUCUGAUGACCAAGGAGACUCAGAACCAAGAUGCUCCUUUUCCUGCCUGCUUUGUGGCAGAAGAGGCCAGAAGCCCCAGCCCAGGUCAGUCAAGCCUCUGCAGCUUCGAAAUCAAUGAAAUCUACUCAGGAUGUUUGGACAUGGAAGGCGACAAAGAGAAAGAGCCCCCAGGAGCAGGAUUAUCUCUUGAGGAGGCUAGCCCAAACCAGGCAUAUGAGCUGAGGUCCCUGGAAGAGGAGUUGGAAAAGAUGGAGAGAGAGGCACGCUGUGUUUGUGACGAGGAUGAGAGGUCUUCGGAAGCUGACACAGAGCUUUCCUUUGAGGACUGGGACUGGCAAAACGGCUCACUUAGUUCACCCAGCCUACCUGAGCCAGCUAGAGAAGCCAAGGGCAACGUGAGCAACAGGUCCAUGACUGAGGAGUACAUCAGUAAGUGUGUGCUGAAUUUAACCAUUGCACAGGCGAUAAUGCGCCAGAAUGAUGAUAUACUGGGGAAAAUCGAGCAGAAAUUCAAUGAGUUUGAGAUGAUACAGAAGGAGCAGGAGGAGCGCAUAUCUCUGUGGGCUUCUUCAAGAAUGUUUCCUAAUGUCUGUGAUUUGCCUAUAGCCACAGGCCCCCCAUCUUUCAUUUAUAUUCCUCCUGUUUUACAACUGCCAGGAGGCCAGUGUCUGGAUGCUGGUGGCAAUUGCCCGACCCUAGCAAGGUCUCCAAGAACAGUGAGAGACUUUCAAGGGGGACAUUUUGGCAAAAGGUCCAGGAACAGAAGUGGCGGUGGCUGGAACCCUUUCACCGCUUUCCCUCAAGUCUCUGAAAAAAGCACUGGGGAUCCACCAGAAAAGAGCCAUCAGCUGCUGACUCUUCAUGGCUCUGGAAAGCAGAGUACAGCUGAACAAUUGCAGCCCACUCAAGGGGCCACGGACAGUUUGGGAAGAAACAGGAACCAAACCACCAGCAGGAUCAACAUGGAAUCUGUGCCUUCUGAAAUACAUAAUGCAAAGUCGAGAAAAAAUGAAGAUGUUGGAAAUCUACACUUAAAAUGGAAAAUGGAGGUGAAAGAAAUGGCAGAGAAAGCAGCUACUGGGCAGCUGACUGUACCUCAUUGGCAUCCUCAAAGUAAUUUGGCUUUAGAGAAUGAAGCUGAAAAUGAGCCUGAUCCCUUGCUGCAACCCCCGAUUAGGGACCCUGAGAAUGUGACUUUGCGGCAUGUUGUAGGGUAUCCCAGGAAAAGUGAUGAGCCAGGAGGAAAUGACAAAUGUGACAAAACAGACAACAGUGACCAUGAUAAUGAUCCACAUGGCAGUCAGCAUGGUCCUGGAAGUUUCACCAGUAUCAGGCACCUGUGCUUCAGGAAAAAUGAGCAGCCAGAGCAUAAUGAAGUCUUUCAAGCAAGUUCUGAAGCAUCUGUGGUUAUUGAGAAGUCUUGCAGCGAUCAGUCCGGGCAAUCAACUUGUUCACCAGAGUCUUCUGAGGACAUAACAGAUGAAUUUUUAACUCCAGACAAUGAACAUUUUUACUCUUCAUCUGCUCAAGAAGACUUAGCUCUAGAGACCUCAAGUCCUAUAGAAGAAGACUUUGAAGGAAUACAAGAUGCAUUUGCCCAACAUCAAGGCUCUGGUGGAAGAGAGGUCCAAAUGGGAAAAAGCGUUGCAAAGAAUGCUGAGGUUUUGACCAGGUCUCAAUUCCAACCUAUACAAAGUGAACAAGGUGAACAAGAGGACACAUUGAAGGAGUCACCAGAGGAGCUGAAGGGGAAAGACAUAUCGUUGACAGACAUUCAAGACCUGUCUAGUAUCUCCUGUGAACAAGACGGGUCUUUUAAGGAGGUCUCAUGCAAAACACCCAGAAUCAACCAUGCACCUACUAGUGUCAGCACUCCGCUCAGCCCAGGGUCAAUUUCUUCAAGUGCCAGUCACUAUAAAGACUGCCUUGGAAGCAUCACAUUUCAGGUGAAAACAGGGUCUGCCUCAUACUGGAGCAGUCAAGAAUCUACCACAGCUCUGUCUGAUAAAUCGACAACUGUCCGAGAGAAAGCAAAGAGCCUAGAUUCCCUUUUUAAUUCCUCUAAAACUCUCCCUUCAAGACUAACUGAUCACAAAAGAGCAUCUACAUUUACUGGGGCUGGUCCCUUCAGCAAUGCUAAGGAGCCUGACACAUCAUCCCAUGCCACUCAUAAAAGGAGCCUGCCAAAAGAACUGGUAGAAGCCAUCUCGCAGCAUCACAUUGAUGAGCUACCACCUCCAUCUCAGGAACUACUUGACGAAAUUGAGCUCUUGAAGCAGCAGCAGGCUUCAUCCGCAGUGUUGGGUGGGAACAAAGCAAGUCCUCUGGGCACCACUGCAAAUGAUCAAAGUCAUUUAGAAGAACAAGGAACUAACAGUAAAAAAGAAGAUAGCAGCGCAAUUUGGACCAAAGAAAAUCAAGAUCUAGAAGAGGACACAGAGAGAGCUCACUCUACUCUGGAUGAAGACCUGGAAAGAUGGCUGCAGCCACCUGAGGACCAUACAGAGCUACAGGAUCUCCCCAAGGGCUCUGCAAGGGAGACAGGUGCCAAGGCUCAAGAAGUUGGUGAAAAGAAAAGAAAAGAGGAGGAAAGCAUGAAGCCAGAGAGGACAUCAGAGAGCUUUUUAGGGACUUCUGAUGAAGAGGAACUGAAACCUUGUUUUUGGAAGCGACUGGGUUGGUCAGAACCGUCCAGGAUCAUCGUGCUGGACCAGAGCGACUUGUCAGACUGACGGGCACCGGGUUGCAGGUGGACUCCCAGCCGGAGUGUGAGCGUCCUGCUUGUGAGCUCCCUUCUUCCCUGUCUGAUUCAGUCACCAUCAGGGCAGUGGUUUUGUAUCUCACACUUUGUUCAGCUGCCACAAGAGACAGAGAGACUUGGUGCUGUCUGUUGCAGCACAUGUAGCCACUUAUUUUCCGUCAGAUUUCUGAAGAGCGAAAGGUAAUGUUGAUUGUAAAAACUUCUCUUUGUGCCCAGAAUGGCUGUGGUUUUGUUGACAUAGAUUUUUGAAAACUUUUACUUUUGUUAUAUAAUAAAAUGUUCACUUUUAACACU